GUGAGCUGCUGCUACUGCUGCACCGCCAUUCCUCACUCUUCUCCAUCCUCAUGAUGGCGGAACCACUCGCUCACCGGCUCUGCUACAUCGGCACUGCUUUCGUUCACGCAUCAUGCCUUCUCCCCGACGUGUCGCCGAUGUCGAGAGCACGGAAGAAGAACUAGAACAAGAAGAAGCAGAAGAAGACGAAGAAGAGGAGGAAGAAGAAGAGGAAGAAGAAGAAGUGGAAGAAAAGCGAGCCGACAGACACCUCCCGAGCCCCGAUGAGAAAGGCUACACCAGCACUGGCACCGAUGUCGAUGGGGAGAAGCACGAGCAAGGAGCAGAAGAAGCCGCUCCUGCAGAGCCUGUCCGACCGACUCGAACGCGUUCACGUUCGCGAGGAACCUCCACAUCUCACUCUCGCUUCCCAUCGCAGCCCCCACUGCAGCGCCUGGCCUCGCAUCUAUCCUUCCGACGCCGUCGCAGCCAGCCUGGAGAAGCUGCAUAUCAGGUACACUUUGUCGAAAAUGACCCCGCCAAUCCGCGAUCGUGGAGCCCGCGCUACAAAACCUGGAUUACCAUGCAGCUCGGCUUCAUCGCACUCGUGGGAUCCAUCGGGAGCUCCAUUAUAUCGCCCGCAGAGCCCGUCAUCGCGGAAUAUACGGGAGUGAGCCAGGAAAUCACCGUCUUCGUGGUGGCCCUCUACGUGCUCGGCUUCGCAUUUGGUCCCAUGGCAUGGGCCCCCAUCUCCGAAGUCUAUGGUCGGAGGUGGUCCAUCUUACCUGCCAUCGCUGUGCUCGGCCUCUUUAGCAUCGGCACCGCGACGAGCAAGAAUGCCGCGAGCAUUUUCAUCACCCGCUUUUUUGGCGGUGUCUUUGGGAGUGCGCCCAUUGCGAACGUCUCUGCCGCCCUCGGAGACAUGUACGAACCCAAGGCGCGAGGCAUCGCCAUCACCUUCUACGCGGUCAUGGUCGUCGGGGGACCCACGCUGGGCCCCAUUGUGGGUGCUGCCCUGACCAACAACGCGAGUCUCGGCUGGAGGUGGACCGAGUAUCUGCUCGCCAUCUAUGCCGGAUUCAUGGUCAUCCUCGCCUUCUUUUGCUUGCCCGAGCUGUACAGCCCCGUGAUCCUGAAGCGCAAAGCCGUCCAGCUCCGCAACGAUACCGGCGAUCAACGAUAUUGGCACCCUCACGAAGCUGAGAGAAUGACGUGGAGCAACAUCUUCACCAAGUACUUUUCUCGCCCCGUUCGCAUGUUGGUGACCGAGCCGAUGGUCGCUUGUAUCGCAUGCUACGCGUCGUAUGUAUACGGCAUCCUCUACAUGACGUUGGAGGUCUUUCCCAUUGUGUUUCGAGAGAAACGGGGCUACGGCGCCGUCGUGUCGACGCUGCCCUUCCUCGGUCUCUUUGUUGGCGUGCUGUGCGCAGUGGGCAUCAAUCUGGCCAAUCAAUCUUACUACGGCAAAGCUGUCGCCAAGAACAAUGGCCGUGCUGCACCGGAAGCUCGACUGCCGCCCAUGCUCGUCGGUGGAUGCCUCUUCACCAUCGGUCUGUUUUGGUUCGGAUGGACGGCAGAUCCCAAAUAUCACUGGAGCAUACCGACCGUUGCCGCGGGUUUCAUUGGCGCGGGCUUCAACACCAUCUUCCAGCAGUGUAUCAAUUACCUGGUCGACACAUACGGCUUAUACGCUGCAUCCGCGGUAUCCGCCAAUACGUUCCUGAGAUCCCUCAUUGCUUGUGGUCUGCCGCUUGCUGCAAAGCCCAUGUUCAAUACACUGGGAGUGGGACCUGCUGCGAGUGUGCUGGGUGGGAUUUCUUGUCUGGCACUUCCCGUUCCGCUUAUCUUCAUGAAGAUCGGAUCCCGCCUCCGUCAAAAGUCCAAGUUUGCCCCGACGCCCAAGGACUGAGAAUGCAUCCGUCAGUAGGCAUCGCUGUGAUCUGGUCCUUGUCCUGUGCGUCGAUGUCAGCUGUCGCUCUACGCGCCGUUCGGCUCACCACUCUGACACUGUCAGCGAACCGGCCGGCUACACUAGGUAUUCGACGACCCCUUAUCGGUCCCGAGAGUGAAAUCAUCCCGUACUUGUCACUUUCGUCCAAAUUCUGCCAUUCGCCGUAAUCAAGCCAUGUGCAUCGAUUGAUCCAUGUCGAAAGGCCUGGCAUUGCAGCUGCGAACUUUUCAACAUGGACCGGCAAUACGUAUGCUUGCACAGCGCUCCAAGAGCAGACCUACCAUGAGAUGAGACACAUGUCGGCGGCUUAGCCGGAGGUGGUGGUUGCAGCUGAUCGCUCAGUAAUGCUUUGCCGGACCUGUCGGACUCACCAUUCUGCUUUCACAGUCAAUGAAGACGUUUGAAACUGCAGUGAGCUGGUUCGAUUCGGGCUCUCGCUCGGCCGUGGCGAAUAGCUUCGACAAGGAAGCCAGCACUGUCAAGGAGUUGAAGACCCUGCAAUUCUAUUGUGUAGCAAGAAAGAGGUGUCUUUCAGACGCAAAGCGCCAACUUGCUUCUGGGUCUGGUUAUAGAUCAGCUAGAAAUACACUAUCCGAAUAUCGAUCAAUAUAUGCCAAAGCACUUCGUAGCUGGCCUUUCCUACACUUGAGAAGCUAUUGCAAUGAAGAAAAGAUGCAGCGCUUAGUCUGAAGCUCAUGCUUUGUGCAUUCGUGUACCGUCUUCGAUCAGUAAUAUCCCAUCGGCAUUCUCGUCACUUGUCUUCAUCGAGCUCAAGACCAUGGGUGGUGGCGCUGCAGAGAAGUCAUCCCUCGACACAUGGCUACACUUGCCAUAGUAGCUACAUUCGCGGCAGGUUUGGAAAGGACUGUCGACUUUUCUUGAUAUAGCGCUGUGGUGAUGAUACGGAUGAAUGGUGAGGACACUUGUGGUCGAGGGUGAAGAUGGAAGAGAAGGCCAAGCAAAGGCUCACUUGGCCGAUUGGUGGGCUGCCGACAAGGCACAACAACCUCAUCACGACUAUCAACAUCUUGCCCGAGCCGAUUAUUAUUAUAUAUAUAGGUAGCGCAGUAAUUGUAUUUCUCAAUGUAGCAUGAUCUUUGAA